UGGAUUUAUUCGAUCGACGUUGGCAUAUCUCCAGGCGACAAAUGUGGGAGGAAGUGAGUAUUUAAAUAUUCAUUUACUUAGCUAUCUGCUUUCUAUAUAUAUGAUCGUUGAACAGGUCUGAUCCACUUGUAUUUCAGAAACUUGGUCGUUAUGGGCCACUGGUGAAGAAGAGUGUGUCUUCUCUGAAAAAAGAACAUCUGAUGGGUAAGAAAGUAUUAGUGAAGGUUGAUCUGGACGUUCCGUUGAAUGACGACUUGAGCAUCCGUGAUGAGACCAGAAUCCGAGACGCUCUUUCUACCAUAAAAAUUUUAUGGGGUUAGAUAUUGGACCAGACACUGUCAGUCUGUUUAGCAGAGUGCUAGAUGAAGCAAAAACUAUGGACCAAUGGAAGGGUUCGAGAUUGCCGAAUUUGCCCAUGGAACAGAGGGGAUUGCCAAAAAGUUGGCAAAUGUAGAAGAAGCAAUAACAAUCAUAGUGGGAAGCAGUACUGUUGCCGCUGUUAAAAAAAUGGGGCUAGCGGAGAAGAUGACCCACGUUUCAACUGGAGGGUUUGCCUCAUUGGAGCUUUUGGAGGGGAUACCGCCUUAUGGGAUGCUUGGACUUGAUCAGGAUGAGGAUGAUUACACUGCUUGGAGUAAGGUGCUCCCAGAUAGGUCAGAUACAGUGCAGUGAAGAUGGGUGAUGAUAUAUAAAGCUUUUGCAGUGAAGAUGGGUGAUGAUGUUGCUUCUCAAGUGAAGAUGGAGCAGUAACAAGUGUACGCAUUAUGUGGUGGCAGUACAUGAUGGCACAGGCUACUUUACUUUUUCAUAAAAAUGUAGAUAUUUCCGGUGGUCGACUUGUGUAGCUUUGGUUACUAACCAGUUACUGCUAAUGUUAGUCUUUAUCUUAUACGUAAUAGUUUGAGAACAUUUCUGCGGUGAGUUCUCUUAUUUUAUUUUUGGCGUAUGUGUAUUGAUAUUGUGGAUCCACUGUAAUUAAGAUGUUACAACUUGUAUCGUGCAACCUAUUUAG